ACCUCUGCUGAGACUUUGCUCUGGAACGGUGACAAUCUCGGAUACAUCAAGCUCUCAGGAUGACAGUGGAAAAGCAAGUGAAAAUCAGCAGCUCAGCUGUGCGCUAUGGGGCUUCUUAUGGCGGCAACCGAGUCUUCAGCGCAGGAAGGAGCUUUAGGUCAGGAGGUGGAGGUGGCUUUGGAGGUGGCAGUGGCGGUGGAUUUGGAGGUGGCUAUGGAGGUGGCUAUGGAGGUGGCUUUGGAGGUGGAUAUGGAGGUGGCAUUGGCAUCUCCAGGGCAGCUGGGUUAGGUUUCGGAGGUGGCUUGGGUGGUGGUUUUGGAGGUGGGCUCAGAGCAAGUUAUGCUGGAGGGUUGAAAUCUGGUUUUGGAGGUGGGGCAGGCUUUGGCGCCGGAGGAGGAAUUGGCGGGGCAGGAGGAAGGUUUGGAGGAGCCGCUGGGUUGCUCAGGAGCCGCAUAGGCGGGAGAGGUUUCAAGAUUGGUAGCUAUGGUGGCAGCUCUGCAUUCCUACUUGGUGCUGGAAGACCAGGAUUUGGAGGUCCCGGGGGGAUUGGAGGGAUUGGGGGGAUUGGGGGUCUAGGGGGUGUCCCAGGCAUUUCUGAAAUGCCAUCCAUUGACCCAUCCCUGCCCUCUAUGGACACUGUCCAAGUCACCCGCCAGAGGGAGAAGGAAGAACUCCAGGGCCUGAACAACAAGUUUGCCCAGUUCAUUGACAAGGUCCGCAGUUUGGAACACCAGAACACCAUACUCAAAGCUCAGAUCAACAUCUACAACCGAAGUGACCCAAAUGCACCAGCCAAUCCUGCCGUGGUGGCCACCACUGCUGUAGCUGGCUACAAAGCCCAGAUUGAAACCCUAUCUCAAACCAAAGCAGCACUUGUGGCAGAAAUCGAUCAUUACAAGCAAGUGAUUGGAGACAUCCAAGCCAAGUAUGAUGAGGACAGCUCAGUCACAAAGGGCUUGGAGGUCGAAUGGACUACACUCAAAGAGGAUAUUGAUCACCUGUACCUGACCAUCUUUGACCUUCAGACCAAACUCACUGGAAUAGAGGACCAAAUUACUCUUUCCAAACAAGUCUAUGAUGCUAAAGUAAGAGAAGUUCAGACAAUCGUUACAAGUGGCACCAGAGCAGCUGUUUCCAUUUCAUUCGACAACUAUGCUCAAGCUGUGGACCUGACAUCAGCCAUCUCAGAUAUGAAAUUACAGUAUGAAGUACUCGUCCAGAAGACCAAACAAGAGGCAUUUGCAGCAGCCGAGAGCAAGAUCUAUCUGGCUUCUGGCUCCCUGACACAACCAACUGUACAUGCCCUGACAUCAUUCAAGGAGGAGUACAGGACGUUGAAGCUGCAGGUUGACGCAAUUCAACGUGAAAUAGAAAGGGUUAAGAGCCUGAACAUUCAGCUGGAGACUCAGAUCGCUGAGUCAGAGACCAGCACCGGCAGUGAGACUGACACAUACCAGGAGCAGGUUUCAUCCCUCAAGUCUCAGCUAGAUGACAUUAGAAAGCAAAUUGCCCACUAUGGCCAAGAAUACCAGGAUCUCCUGGCAGUGAAGAUGGGAUUAGAUGUAGAAAUUACAGCCUACAAGAAACUGAUGGACAGUGAAGAAUUGAGACUCAGCUCUGGAAGCGGCAUCACGGUACAGAUGUCCAAAUCUAGCUUUGGCGGAAGCGCAGGAGGUGGUGGUGGCGGAUCUGGAUAUGGCGGAGGCUUUGGUGGAGGACUAGGAGGUGGUCUUGGAGGUGGUCUUGGAGGUGGUCUCGGAGGAGGAUUUGGAAGUAGUCUCGGAGGAGGACUUGGAGGUGGUUUCGGAGGAGGACUUGGAGGUGGUUUCGGAGGAGGACUUGGAGGUGGCAUUUCAAGUAGUUACAGCGGUUCACUAGGCCUGGGCGCUGGCGGCGGCGGCAUCGGCGGAGGUUUCGGAUAUGGAGGAGGAGCGACGUUUGGAAGCCUGAACUCUAGCUCAAUAUCCUCAUCCACUGCUUAUUGAAGAACGAAUAUUGAAGACCAUCACCUGAAAUGAAUUUCUUGGAAAUCUCAACAUGAAACCAACGCGGCAUUCACAAGAAAACAGCCAGAGUGUUUUCCACGUAAAAAAGUCAUAAAAAAAAAAUUGAAAAAAAUCGUAUCUGCACUCAGAGAGCUUCCUGAGAAGACCACGACACUUUAUUCUCUAAUGUCGCUAACCAAGGGAACUUUUUCGUGUUUUUGUUUAUAGUCGAAAGCGCUAUCAUAUAACUCUUUUGUGUACUCUUGCGGUGAUUGAAAGACUUUCCUUUAAUGUUUUUUAAAUUUCUUUUCAUUUUUCACAAAAUGUAUAAAUUAUAACCCCAGCGCUUGCCACUUAAGCCUCUAAUUACUGAACUGCAGGAAGUUUAGCCUAAUCUGGGAUUUAUCACUGAGCUCCGGACUAUUGAACACACAAGGGAAAAUCUCUCCUCUCUAUGU